AUGAAAAUCUUAGCAUGGAACUGCCGAGGGCUUGGGAACCCUCGGACAGUUAGAUACCUUAACCUCCUUGUUAAGGAAAAGAGCCCAACCAUGAUAUUUCUCAUGGAGACUAAGUGUAUGAAAGUGAGGAUUGAAGAGGUGUGUAACAUGCUGGGUUAUGAUGGUUGUCUGGUAGUGGAUAGUAGAGGAAGUAGUGGGGGUUUAACUUUUUUAUGGAAGACAAGGGACAAGGUUUCAAUCUAUAAUUACUCGAGAUGGCAUAUCAGUGCAAUGGUAGGCAUGGGAAUGGAACAACCAUGGCUUUUUACAGGCUUCUAUGGGAACCCAGAAACCUCAAAAAGGCACCUGAGUUGGGAUUUCCUCAAGUCUAUCAAACCUGAUGACAGUACACCCUGGAUGUGUUGUGGGGACUUUAAUGAAAUAGUAUGUCAAGAUGAGAAGAUGGGAGGGGGUCCUAGGCCGUAUAACCAGAUGGAAAUAUUCAGGAAUACUCUUGAAUGGUGCUCAUUGAGUUCACUAGUGACAAAGGGCCCCUGCUUUACUUGGGCAAACAACCGAGAGCAAGACUCCUUUAUAAAGGAAAGAUUGGAUAGAGCCCUUGCAAACCCAAUGUGGUUAGAAAGGUAUCAAGAAUCAUCCUGUUGUGUCCUACCAACCAUGACUUCAGACCAUUGCCCUGUACUCAUUGAUGUGAUUUACCAGCAAGAUCAACCAAGGCCUCAUGUAAAGAGGUUUAGAUACGAAGCUGCCUGGUCACUAAGAAAGGAGUGUGAAGCUACUCUUAAAGAAGCCUGGGUUAAGCCAAUUCAUGAAAGAGCAGCUGCUGAGACCAUAAGGAGUAGGCUGACUAUGAGUGCUACUGUGCUGAGAAAAUGGAAUGAAAAAGUUAUAAGGAAAGCCCCCAAAGAAAUUAGACAGAAACUGAAAGCCCUGGAAGAACUUCAAGAGCUAAACAAAGGGGACCAAUUAGACUCAAUCAGAAAAUUAAAAGGUGAUAUUGAUCAAGAUCUAGCAGCAGAGGACCUGAAAUGGAAACAAAGAGCCAAACAGCAUUGGCUACAAAAUGGAGAUAGAAAUACUACUUUCUACCACCUGCAUGCAUCCCAUAGGAGGAAAAUCAACAAGAUAUCACAGAUUAUGGACCACAGGAAUUGCCUGAUUUCAGAAAAAGACCAAGUUGGAAGGGUUAUUACAAGAUAUUUCUCAGACCUUUUCACCUCUUCCUCCCCAUCAGGUAUAGAGGAUUGCAUCAAGGAUAUGCCCAACAAAGUCUCUACAGCAAUGAAUGAACUGCUUCUCCAGGAGUUCACAGAAGAGGAAGUUAAGAAUGCUGUCUUCCAAAUGAAAAGCAUGGGAUCACCAGGCCCUGAUGGUUUUCCAGCCUGUUUCUUUCAAACACAUUGGAAUACUACAGGGAAGGAAGUCUCAAGAUUUGUGCUCAACAUUCUCAAUACUGCUGGUUCUUUGGAAGGGGUAAAUGACACCUAUAUUACCCUGAUCCCAAAGAUCAAGAACCCCACCAAAGUCUCUGAUUAUAGACCAAUUAGCCUAUGUAAUGUCAUUUACAAAGUGGUAGCUAAAGUGUUAUCAAAUAGGCUUAAACUUAUCUUGCCUGACAUAAUUUCUGUGAACCAAAGUGCUUUUGUUCCAGGUAGGGCCAUAACAGAUAACAUUAUGGUGGCUUACGAGACCCUCCACUCCAUGUCCACAAGAAUACAAGGAAAGUCAGCUUAUAUGGCUCUCAAACUUGACAUGAGUAAAGCCUAUGAUAGGGUGGAGUGGGAUUUUCUGGAAGUUGUAAUGUGCAAAAUGGGGUUUGACAGAAGAUGGGUUACACUGGUAAUGAAUUGCAUCAGGUCUGUUUCAUACUCAGUAUUGCUUAAUGGAGAGGCUCAGUCUACAUUUAAGCCAACUAGAGGCCUAAGGCAAGGGGAUCCCAUAUCCCCUUACCUGUUUAUCAUAUGUGCUGAGGCCCUAUCAAACCUCCUGACUCAGGCUGAAUCAAAGGGCAAAAUAUCAAGUAUUCCAAUGGGAAGAGGACCAACCAAGAUAAACCAUCUGUUCUUUGCUGAUGACAGUAUGAUAUUCUGUAAAGCAAGCACACUGGAGUGGAGAAGAAUGCUAGGCAUGCUGACUACAUAUGAGCAGGCCUCUGGACAGCUUUUGAACAAAGAGAAAUCUGCAAUAUACUUCAGCAGAAACACUACAAGUGAGUGCAGAGCCAACAUAACUCGAAUUGCAGGUGUAACUCCUACAGCAUCUUUUGGAAAAUACUUAGGCUUACCAGCCAUGGUAGGAAGAACAAAAGUAGCAUGUUUCCAUGGCCUAAUUGAUAGAAUGUGGUCAAAGAUCAAUAACUGGAAGACAGACAAGCUGUCAGUAGCUGGAAAAGAGGUGCUGCUCAAGUCAGUACUACAGGCAAUUCCCACAUACACAAUGGGUAUCUUUCUCCUACCAAAGUCCAUCACCAAGAGGCUUGACCAGAUGCUAAGGAAGUUUUGGUGGGGUUUUAGUGGGGAUCAAACUAAAAUGCAGUGGAUAAAGUGGAGCCGAAUCAACAAAGCAAAAGAUCAGGGGGGCUUGGGUUUCAGAGAUUUCAAUAGCUUCAACAUGGCUCUUUUAGCAAAGAAUGGGUGGAAUCUGCUGCAAAGCCCUACAUCUCUCCCUGCCACCAUCCUCAGACAAAAGUACUUCCCACAUGGGUCCAUUUUAAAGGCAAAAGUUGGGGCUCGACCCUCACUGGCUUGGAGAAGCUUACAUGCUGGACUUUCACUGCUAAAGGAAGGUUUGUUAUGGAGAAUAGGGGAUGGAAAACAGGUAAGAAUCUGGGAAGAUAGGUGGCUCCCUCGACCCCAUUUCCUUGCCCCAAGAAUAGAGGCUGGUGCCCCAACCCAAAGGAAUGUGGUCGCAGAUUUAAUCAACCCUUCCCUAAGGACAUGGAAUGAUCACAGCCUUCAUGAAAUGUUCACUCAGCAAGACAUAGAGGUGAUAAAAACUGUCCCAAUCACUUUGGGUAGUAGGGGUGAUAGGUUGAUUUGGGGUUGCACUCAGAAUGGUCUAUUCUCAGUGAAGAGUGGCUACCAUCUUCACCAAGAAAUCCAUGCUAAUCCUGAGGCUGGCCCUUCUAAGCCAAAGGAUCAAUCUGAGUUAUGGAAGGGUGUUUGGAAGCUGCAGGUCCCAAAUGGGGUUAAGGUGUUCAUUUGGAGGGCUUGCAACGAGGGCCUACCUACUCUAGCCAACUUGAAAAGAAGGAAGAUUGUUGCUGAAAGUACCUGCCCAAUCUGUGGUCGUGUAGAGGAGACAGCAGACCAUGCCCUCUGGAGUUGCAGUGCAGCUCGAGAUGUCUGGUGCCAAGCAAGCAAGCCAAUCCAAAAACUCUCUCUAGAGGUAGGAUCCUUCAAGGAAGUCUGGCAGCAAAUAACAGAUAAGUUACCAGCAGCAAGAAUUGAGGAAGUAGGCUCGAUUAUGAGGCUUAUAUGGACAAGAAGAAAUGAAGUGGUGCAUGGGAAGGCUUUCAGGCAUCCCAACUCAAUACUAGUUAAGGCCCAGGAUGAUCUCUACUGCUACAAGUUGGCAAUUCAGGGUCGUGUGAGUUGCAGGGCUGCAGAGACAUCUAAGUGUCCUCAGAAAUGGAUUACACCACCUGUGGGAGAAUACAAACUGAACUGGGAUGCUGCCAUCAAUCAACCACUGAACCAAGUAGGGAUUGGGGCUAUUAUUAGAGAUUGCAAUGGCCAGGUGCUUGGGACCAUGCGAGCCAGAAGAGAGUUGAAUCUAUCCCCUUUCACUGCUGAAGCUUAUGCACUGAUGAUGGCUGUCAUAUUCUGUAAAGAAGCUGGUUUCCGGUCUAUCAUCUUCGAAGGUGAUUCACUCAAAGUAGUUGAAGGGAUGCAGAAAAAAGCUAAGGAUUGGAGCCAAGGAGGUUUGAUCAUUGAAGACACUAAGCUUUUGUUACAAGAUCUUGUUAGAUGGAAGUUCUGUCACACAAAGAGGGAUUCAAAUAUGGCAGCCCACUUGCUAGCCAAGAAUGCCCUUCUAAAUGAUUGUGAUCUCUAUGAGUUAGAGGAAAUACCACCUUGUAUUAGACGUGCUGUUAUCUUAGAUGUUUGUAAUAGCAUGAUUUAA